AUGAAGAGUUCUACAGGUGCAAGUGGUUAUGAUGACAUUUUAUUGACCAGUCAACCUGAUAGGAAUGCUCCCCAUCUUAUCAAUGUCAUUAAGGAGUCAACUGCAAAGGUGGUGGUUGUGAUUGCAUUUGAUUCAGACUUUGUGGUUGUGGUGGAAGAGCUGUUAAGACAAAAUGUAAGUGGCCAUAUCUGGGUAGCCAGUGAGGCUUGGGCCACUUUUGAUUUACUCUCAGAGGAACGAUUCAAAGGGAUUUUACUGAGCACCAUUGGUUUUGCCAUCUUCCAUGGGAAUAUGCUCAAGAUCAAAGCCUGUGCUGCCCCUGACUCCAAUACUAACUGCCGCUUGUUCAAAGAGGCCGUAACUGGCUAUUUGAGCCGCCCAGGAGACAUUAUCAUGGGAGGAACUUUCUUAAUUCAUUUGGACAGAGUCUAUAGUGAUAUCCAAUUCACUAGCAAACCCCCGGAGCUCCAGUGCCAGAUGUUUGCUAUUGAGUAUUACCAGAGCAUGCAGGCUUUAAUAUUUGCUGUGGAGGAGAUUAACUCAAACCCUGAGCUCCUUCCCAACAUCACUUUGGGCUACGAUGUACUUGAUACCUGCUAUACUUUACGGCGAGCAGCACAAGGGACUCUUUCAAUGCUGUCCGGAGGAACAGAGAGCACCCCAAAUUAUAACUGUCACCAAGGGACUCGUCUUGCUGGUGUUGUUGGUGACUCAGCAUCCACACGAACCAUUCUUAUGGCCCAAAUCCUGGGGCUGUACCAGUAUCCACAAAUCAGUUAUUUUGCAACCAGCCCCGUUCUAAGUGAUCGGAACCUGUUCCCUUCCUUUUUCCGUACGCUUCUCCAAUAUAUUAAAAAAGUGAACUUCAAGACCCCGGCUGGGAAUCGAGUAUUUUUCGAUGAAAGUGGGAACCCUCCAGCCAUCUAUGAUAUUGUGAAUUGGCAUCUGACUUCCCAGGGCUCCCUGGGGCAAAUCACAGUUGGAAAAUAUGACUUGAGUGCGCCCAAUGGGAAAAGUUUAAAUGUAGAUAAUGGUUUGAUUAACUGGGCCAGCAAAACCCAGAUUCCUGUUUCCAAGUGCAGCCCAAGUUGUCCUUCAGGAUUUAGGAAGGUGAUUGUACCAGGGAAACCCCCGUGCUGCUAUGAGUGUGCCCGGUGUCCCCAGGGGCAGAUAUCCAAUCAAACAGAUGCUGUGGAAUGUCAUCCAUGUUCCUGGGACACGUGGCCCAAUCUACAGCAGGACAGAUGCCUACCAAGGCCUACAGAGUUCCUUUCCUAUGAACAACCGUUGGGUUACAGCUUAGCAGCCAUUUCCAUCUUCUCUUCUUUCACCCCAAUUACUAUAUUGGGAGUUUUAAUUCGUUAUAAUAAAACACCAAUAGUCCGAGCCAACAACUACUCCCUUAGCUGCCUUCUCCUGCUUUCCCUGUUCCUCUGUUUCCUUUGCUCUUUAGGGUUCAUUGGUUACCCACAACCUGAAAAGUGCCUUCUGCGCCAGGUGGCAUUUGGGAUGGUUUUUGCCCUCUGCAUCUCCUGUGUUCUGGCCAAAACCAUCACUGUUGUCAUUGCCUUUAAUGCAACCAAACCCGGCAGCAGGUUAAGAAAGUGGACAGGGGUGAAGGUCUCCUACUGUGUCAUUGGGUUUUGUGCCUUGAUUCAGAUACUUGACUGUGCGCUUUGGCUGAUCUUCUCUCCUCCCUUCCAUGAACUUGACACUGACAUACAACCUGGUGUGAUCAUAGCUAAUUGCAAUGAAGGGUCACCCACUGCUUUCUGGUGCAUGCUGGGAUAUCUUGGCCUCUUGGCCUCCAUCAGUUUCAUUGUUGCCUUCCUGGCCAGACGCCUCCCUGACAGUUUCAAUGAAGCCAAAUUGAUCACAUUCAGUAUGUUGGCUUUCCUCAGUGUGUGGGUGUCCUUUAUCCCAGCCUAUCUCAGUGCCCGGGGCAUGUAUACUGUGGCAAUGGAGGUCUUUGCCAUCCUGUCUUCCAGUUGGGCUGUGGUGGGCUGUAUCUUUUUGCCAAAAUGUUUCAUUAUAUUGUUUAGACCCAACCUGAACUCUAGAGAGCAUCUUAUAGGAAAAAGGACAGCCUAA